AUGAAAUUGAGCAAAUUCCCUCUGUUCAAGACCGGAGUGAAAAAAAAUACAAAUUUGAAUCUGAAAUCCCAAGUGACUGCUUCAAAAAAUGACUGCAGCUUGUUUAGUAGGUUAUACAUCGCCACUAGCGCUAACAGGCCAAAUGAUCUUGGAGAAUUUUUCUCCCAUGAAAAUCAGGAAUACCCUCCAUCUAUUUCUGUUAUGGGGAAAUUGCGCACUAGUGACUCGAAAUCAGACCUUACCAAGUACCUGUCUAACUUGUCUGAAGAGUGCACCGCUGAUAGUGUGCCCAUCGUACAAGCAAAAAUACUAGACGGAGCAGUGAUUGAGCACAUGUUGAAACCAGGAACUUCUGUCACUUUUGGCGAUUAUAUAAGCAACAUAUUUCUCAACUAUGUCAGAAAGGAAUCUGCUACAGUGAAUCGGUUGGAUUUAGUCUUUGACAGGUACCUUGAAAAUAGUCUCAAAAAUGGGACACGUCAGAAGCGCGGAGAGGGAUCAAGAAUCCGAGUGACAUUGUCCACCAAAGUGCCUAAAGGAUGGGAGAAUUUCCUUCGACAUGCCGACAACAAGACAGCCUUGUUUGAACUUCUUGCUGAAAGCAUUUCGAAUUCAAACAUUCCCGGAAAAACUUUUUUUGCAACUUUAGAGGACUCUGUCGUCAGCAGCCCAUUCGGUGCUGAUAGCUCCUCCAUGGCCCCAUGCAACCACGAGGAGGCAGACACACGCUUAUUUGUCCACUUGGCAGAUGCAGUGGCCCAUGGCUGUGAGAAAGUGACGAUUAGGACAUGUGACACGGGUGUUCUUGUCAUAGCAGUAUCCUGUAUUCAGCAGUUGCCUCAGCUUCAAGAGCUAUGGGUGCAUUUUGGCAUGGGCAAGCAUUCCAAAUUUCUGGCUGCGCACGAAAUUGCCAUUGUUCUAGGUCCUGAAAAGUCAGAAUCGUUGCUGGGUUUCCAUGCUUUUACCGGCUGCGACACAGUGUCCUAUUUCAAAGGAAUCGGAAAACUCACAGCCGUAAACGCUUGGCUGAAAUAUCCUGGAGCAACAGAUGGAUUUAAAGCUCUUCAAGACGGGACAGUUGUUCAGGCUAUGGGCAAUUUAGAAGUAUUUGUUGUUUCAACCUACACCAGGACUGCGUCUUGCGAGACUGUGAACGAGUGCCGGAGGGUGUUGUUCACAAAGAGCGACCGUCAGCUGAAAUCCAUUCCACCAACAAGAAACGCUCUGGAGCAACACGCUAAGAGAGCUUCCAUUCAGAGUCAAGUGUGGAGACAAUCUCUGGAGCGUAAACAAAACUUUCCCGACUCAGCGGACUUUGGCUGGAAAAUAUGUGAAGAGGGUUGGGAACCUGUGUGGCGCACGAUUCCUGUUGCAUCUGAAGCUUGUGAGGCACUAAUUAAAUGUUCCUGUCGAAAGGGGUGCGUACCGGCCCGCUGCAAAUGCCUGAAAAACGGUCUCAAAUGUUGCGAGCUGUGCAAGUGUACCUGCCGACUCUGUACCCCAUGAAUUCUA